AUGGCAUUCAAGUAUGCCUUCGUUAUCAAUCCUUUCAUUGUCAUUUCUAUCGGAGUCAUGCUCUAUGGUUUCUAUCUCGCGUUAUUCCCCACCGCUCUAUAUCACCUCUGUCGAAAUCGAGGAGGAUGGAGCCACAAAUUUUCUAUUGCGGCCCUCGUCGCAUUAUUCAUCUUUGCUACCACAGCACUCGUACUGGAUAUCAUCGGUUCUGCAGGCGCUAUUAUCCUCACUUUUGAAGAUUUUGAUGGGACCGUGGUCACCGCCGCACAAGGCAAGAGCAAGGCUCUGUUUUUGAAUAUAUUAGAGGAGCUGGUUCUAAUGAUGUAUUCUUUCGCGAACGUUGCUGCCGAUGCCGUUCUGCUCUACCGUCUUUACGCAGUGUGGGGCUUCCGCAAGCGCGUCAUCAUUGCGCCUCUGAUCAUCGCGGUUCUGAACAACGUUUUGGCUGUCCUGGACGCUUCCAUCCGACUGAAGAUCAUUCUGGUCGUCGAUGGACCGGAAGAUCAAAUAAUGUCCUCGUCCGAUAUUUUUUGGACGGAAAACGCGACUAUCAUGACUCGGGCGUUCAUGAUCGUCAAUUUGGUGACCAACACGCUCAUUACCGGUCUUAUUGCUGGGAGGAUAUGGUGGAUCAGUCGACAGAUCAGUGCUUCCUAUGGACGAAAAGGCUCUCAAAAUAAAUACAUGAAAAUUGUCGCGAUCAUGCAAGUUCUUCAAUGA